UUCAGUGGGAGGAACAGGUUGAGCUUCGACGACUGUGUGAAUGGUGAAUGUGUGUGUAUCAAAACUGUUUGUCAAGUACAAUAGUCGAUAGUGAUACAAGAAAUUGAUCAAUUACAUUAUUUGAGGAUAGUCAGGUGUCCGAAGACUUGGAAAUAAGUGAUAGAUAUUUCCUUGAAUCAAGAACGGCAGUUAAAAUGCCUGAACGAUUGUCUGUCAAGACGUGAUGUAACCCCAGAAAUUAUAUGCAAUUACGGAACAUCAGCGGCUGUGUUUAGUAAGGUUAAGGUGAUCCGUUAAUACACAAAACAAAAAAUCAAAAGUAUCAGUUAGUGAAUAAAGCAGGUGUGAUAAUCAUGACAGAAAAGAUUCGUAAGAAUAUAACAAGAUUUCAUCCUAGUCAUGGUGAGAAUAUAAUACUCUGCGACGACAACACCGUUGCCUAUCGAAAAGCUAGUUUUGCAAACGCCCUGACGUUCAGCGAGAAGCCACUCUUACCUGGGGAAAUAUUUUUACUCGAAAUUGAAAAGGACGAAAGAGGAUGGAGCGGGCACAUGAGGCUGGGCCUAACACAGAUGGAUCCCACCGCCAUGGACAGAGGUGGUUUACCGCAAUACGCUCUACCUGAUUUAGCUAAUAUGGGGGCAAGCUGGAUCUUCGCCAUUACCAAAAGCCAUAACAAUAUUUGGGACAAUUUUAACCCUAGCGAAAGAAAGUUUUCACCUGAACAAAAGUUAGUCACGGAUGGUGUGAAUGUGCAGACAUCGCGAGGAAUUAUUCCAUUCAUCACUCUACGACCAUCAGCUAUUGGUUCGUCUCAAAACAUACUUCCAACGGACACUGGAAGUCGAAUAGGAGUUAUGUAUGUGCCACAAAUUGGGUCAGAUAAAGCAGAGAUGCAUUUUAUAAUAAACGGAGAGGAUCAAGGCGCAUGUGGCAAAGAUAUUCCUUAUAAAACGGGACCCCUACAUGCUGUAGUCGAUGUUUAUGGGACCACAAAGCAAGUUAGGAUAGUCCAACUUUAUGGAGUAUCAACACUACAGAGUGCCUGCCGAGAUGCAAUCAUGCAGUAUACAAAAAGAACAGCUGUCGACUCAUUGCCUUUGCCAAGGAUGUUGAAGGACUACCUUUUGUACCAAUCGCAAUAAGAUAUGUAGUGGGAAAUUUUAGGCCCAAAGAAUUUACACUAAAUCAUUUGCGCUUAUCAAAUCCACACAUCGUAAAAAUUAAUAGAUUCUUUAUUUUCUAUUCUUUCGAUGGGCUGUGUUGUAUCAUUGGAAGUUUGAAUUCCAUUGUGCCGUUAAUGCGUAAUUCUUUUUUUUUCUAAUUUUUCCCAGAAGUUAUGAAAAGGGUGAUGCAUUUAUGAGAUUGUGAUCUGGUUAAUGUAACAGUUAUCAAUUAUAUUCAAUUGUUUGAAUUUAAUUAGUUCUAAGGCUCAACGUAAACAGGUCGUCCUCAUACAUUUUGGUAAAAACAGGUUACAAUUUUUCCAUUGAAAAAGGAAAGAUAGAAACGAAGAAAAAUGUUACUUUUCAGUUUUAAAUUAGUAUUCGUUUAUGCUCUAAUUUUUCGAACAUACACCCAAAAUCGGAAAUUGAAUGCAUCGAUCAACAUUGCUGUUCAAUGAAAUUUAUUGUCAUAUUUUUCAUUUGUCGUUUCUGAAAGGACAGUCGUAUGGUGCACAUUUUAAUCUGCUGUAACACGAUCAUGACUCAAGUUUUAUACAAAGUUUCCGAACAGAGUAUUUAUUAUCUUAAUAUAUGAAGAAAAGAGAGAGAGAGAAAGAAAAAGAGAAACGAAAACAAAACAAUAAAUUAAAUGAGUGUCUGUGAUUCGUGAGAAAAGAAUAAGAAUUUGUAAAACUAUUAAGUGCUUAGUAAAUAUGAAGUAAAAAAAAAUUGAUAAUUAACCACGCCGAAUGUUGAGUACGAUUUUUUACAUUACGGCAUAUGAAUUAUUGCGUAAACUUUCCACGUUUUGAAAUAUUAGUGAUCAUUGAUUUUCUGAAGAAAAAAAAAAACUGGCGUUUCUAUAAUGUUCUGCAAUUAAUUCGGUUUGUGUAUAUAGUGUAAUAAAAAUAUUAUUUAGUU